CGGGAAUUGCUGCGCUGCGGUUCGCCAAAUGGUCGUCAAAAGCUUUGGGCAAUUAUGUAAAGUGUGUGCAUACAAUUUUAUAAAGCGAAAAUGAAUAAACUUGUGGUACCAUAAACAACAACAAAUCACAACAAAAAAAAGCAAUAACAACAACAAAUACAAACAAAGUGCUGCAUAAACUUUGCCACAAAGUGUUGACAAUACCAAACAUAAAAAAACUAAAACCAAGCAACACAAAAAGCUUAUAAAACUCUUAACGCAUGUUGCGCAAAAUGUUGCAAGUGCCGGCAGCAGCAACAACAACAACAACAUUGUUGCUGUUGCUGCUGCUGCAGCUGGCUGCUGCCAAUGAGACAACAGCAACCACUGCCAGCAACUUGGAGCGCAGUCAAAUCGAUCCAAGCCUGAAGAACGCCAAGCAGAUUGAGAGCAAAACGCUGCCCGAUUUGGUUGGACUGCAACGCAAUCAGGAAGAUGAAAAGUGGCUGCAGAUUUACCGGUUUAUCGAUGAUGGCUUUCCAGUCUUGGAGCUAUACGGCUAUAAGGCAAGGCCAGAUACACCAUAUACAUUGAUUAUACCAAAAAUCGAUGUGCGCACCAUUGAAAAGCCACGUUUAAAGGAGUUUAUGUUGGAGCAUUUGGUGCCAGGGAAAUUGUUUGAUAGCUACAAUGCCGCUGCAAAUAGCAAGGAAGAGGAGGAGUCCUAUGGUAAUGGCAAUGGACACAAAAUCGUUUUUCGUAAAUUGGAAAAAUCUCAUAACAAUGUGUGGCUACUCAAUGGUCAGCAGAUUCUUUAUAAAUUGCGCAUAACUGAAAAUCUAAUGGCAAUAGCUAUUGAUGGUUAUUUGGGUGAUCGAAAGUCGCCAUACUCAAAGCGAAAUAUACAGGAGACUAACAAUCGCUACAAUGACCCACAACCGCUGGAGCAGCCAAAUAUAACGAAUGCACAUGUUAAAGUGGAGCCCAUUAUAAAGGAAUCAAAGGCGAGUCCAUUGAUGUCCUUUCUGGGCAACAUGAAAACGGGCACAAAGGUCUUUCAGCAUUUUCUAUCAAAGUCGAAUUUAACACGCAUUAUGGACGAUAGCGCCUAUACGGUCUUAAUACCAUCGGACAAUGCCUUUCAGCGCUGGCAUCCCAUCGAUUGGGGCUUCUAUCCGUUUAGCGUGCCCGAGUUUACCGAGAAAGUUCUACGCAAUCAUUUUCUGCCCAUGCAGCGUCCGCUACGCAUGUCCGAUGUCAAGAAUAUGGACCAAAUGGUUGUGCACACCAUGGGCGAGGAGAAUGUCGUUUUCCAUGGACAACCCACACCCACCGUUAAUAAUGUUAGCAUUAUGGCUGAUUAUCAACUCUCCAAUGGCAAUCAAGUGUUUAUUAUAUCCGAGGUGCUGUUCGUAUCCGAGGCAGUCGUAUCCAAAUUACAUCAGAUGCACAAGGAUAAGGAGACGCCACCGCUUUUGGCCUUCCCUUGGUUUGGCGCUCAAUUCUUAUCCCACUCGUUCUUGGCCUUGGAACGCGAUUCAAGAUUUACGCAAAUAACUAGAUAUCUGAAUAAUGCGGAAAUAGCGCCACAUAUUUCGGGUGCUAACUAUACGUUCUUUGUGCCGGAGGAUAAAGCAUUUGAGAAGCUGGGCUACGAUAGACUUUCGGAUGAAGUUAUGGCCUCACAGCGUGGCAUUAAAAUGCUUUUGAAUCACUUUGUGCGUGGGCGUUUGUAUAAUCGGGAUUUGCGCGAUAAUGAGGUAUACGAAACUAUUGGGGGUGGUCAUCUGAAGAUUACGCGUAAUCCGGGCAGCAACUAUACGAGUGUGAAUAAUGCUCAGAUAACGGAGAGCGAAGUAUUUGUUUAUAAUUUGGGCACCAUGUACUAUAUAGACGAUAUACUCUACUCACAUAUGCUGCGCGAUCAUGUAACCAAAUCGACUAAAACGAGAUCAGAUCGAAAUGGUGGCGGCGAGGCUGGAGGCGGUGGCGCUGGACGCAGCACUGCACGCCCCAGCGAUGUGGAAAUUGUGCCCAAUGAAUUCGAAAGUGAACGCAAUGGUGGGGGCUAUGCCAUACAUGGCGAUGAGGAUGAUUUUGAGGAUGAGAUUAUAACGCCCAAAGCGUUGCCCGUCCAGAUCUAUGAGUUGCCCAAAUAAGCGCGCGUGAGCGAUUGAGCGAUUGAGUGUGAGUUUUUUCUAGGCUGAGCCGAGGCGAGGGGAUACAAUUUUUAUGUCGUAGACGCUUUAAGCGUUUUUGUAUAGUUGUGAGCUAAAAAACCUUUUUGUAAUUUAGUUGUUUAGUUCUUCUCUUUAAGUUAAUGAGGCAUUGAAACGAAGUAUACUACACAAAAACAAAAUUUAAAUAAAUUUAUAAUAUUAUGAUAUACAAAUUAAUCCGAAAAAGAACUUAUCAGCAGCUUGUAGUCGAUAGCGCGACAAAUUGCAAUUCAAAUCAAUUUUCAGCUAUAUUAAAUAUAUACGUAUGCUAAUAUACAAGUGCGCAUAGUGCAAACAUAUCGGCUAAAAAACACAAUUAUAUAUGUAUAACUAAAUAAAUAAAGUAGUGCAAGUACUUUUUGAAUUUUGAAAAAUUUGUCGUAGCCAAGCGCAAAUAGUUGUGAACCCAAAACAAAAACAAAAUACAUAUAUAAAUUAAAAAAAACAAAUGCUGUUUAUGGUAUUUUUUAGUUUAUAAAAAUAUUAUGUGUACAUGAAUGUAAAAGCAAUGAGAUUGAAGGAAAGCAAAAAAACAAAAACAUGCAAUUUUAUAAUAGUUUGUUAA